UGUGGCAAUACUCGGAUACUCUUUGGACAUUUUAUGUAGUGCAAGUUUUAGUGACAUUGGCUUUUAUAUUUUAUAUAUUUUUUAUAAUCUAGACAUACAUGCAUAUGAUUUAAAAAGAAAAGAGUCCAAUUAUUUACAUUCAAAAUGAGUUGUGACGGCAAAGAAGGGGGAUUCCCAGGCUCACGUCUGGAAGAUAGCAGCAGUAGUGAUGAUGGUGCAGAAGAUGUGCCUGAAUCAAUGGACCAUCAACAACAGGCACCAGAAUGCCCCUAUCCUAGCACCCAACAUGAUGAUGACUCUUGGAGAGAUGAUGACGAGGUGGAACCUCGAAAUCCCCCAGCUGAUGGCAACAUGCGAGUUGUCGCUUCACAUUACAAUGAACUGAAAGAGUCUGGUAGAAUAGAAAGAUUGAAAUCACGUAUUUUUCAUAUGCGCAACUUUAAUAAUUGGAUCAAAUCACAACUAAUAUCAGAAUAUCUGACACUUAUCAAACAUUCCCAACGCAUGGGUGAUCCUAUGCGUGUAUUGGAUAUGUGUUGCGGCAAAGGCGGUGAUCUUUUGAAAUGGGAAAAGGCUUUAAUAACACAUUUAAUCUGCACUGAUAUUGCAGAGGUUUCUGUGGAGCAGUGCAAAAAGCGCUAUGAAGACAUUUUAAGAAGAGCUGUAAAAUCGAAAUUUGCCCACAAAUUCUCCGCGGAAUUUUUCGCUUGUGAUUCUACGCUUGUUCGUUUGAGGGAACGAUUUAAGGAUCCCUCACUGAAAUUGAACUUAGUUUCUUGCCAGUUCGCUUUUCACUAUUCUUUUGAGUCACUCACACAAGCCGAUUGUAUGGUGCGUAAUGCCGCAGAAUGUUUGCAGCCGGGUGGAUACUUCAUUGCCACCAUUCCUGAUGCAUACGAAAUAAUGAAACGUUUAAGAUUGUCCGAAAAUGGUCGUAGCUUUGGCAAUGAUGUUUACAAUAUAGAAUUUUGUUCAGAUACCGAUCCCCCACCAUUUUUUGGGGCAAAAUAUCAAUUUCAUUUGGAGGGAGUUGUAGAUUGCCCAGAAUUUUUGGUACAUUUCCCAACGCUGGUAAAACUUUGUCGCAAAUAUGGCUUGAAAUUAGAGCGGAAAACGACAUUCGCUGAUUACUACAAAGAAAAUAAAGAAUCCGGUCGCAAUCUUUUACAACGAAUGAAUGGUUUGGAGACUGUGAAUCCCAAUCGCAUUGGUAACGAUGAACAAUACGAGCAUAUCAGGCGCUAUAUAAAGGGGAAUACAAGCAGGUCAUAUGGAUCACUAUCAAAGAGCGAAUGGGAAGCAACUACUCUAUAUCUUGUGUGCGCCUUUCGAAAGUGUAAAAAUACUUGGGAUGCUCAAGGAAAACCAGUGUUCGAGUUUGACUGACCCUUUCAUGGUUAAUUUAAUGUUUAGCAGCUUGUCUUUUUUUAUAAAACUGCAAUUAUAUUAAACCUUACAUCGAAAGUGAAAAAAAAACAACCAAACCGUUUUUGUUAAUAAAUUAAAAGACUUUGAGA